GAAAAAUUCAAACCCUAAUCUCUCAACACAGAUUUCAGUGGAAGGAGAAGAAGGAAAAAAAAAAACAAAAACAAAACCAUAGUUUCAAUGGAAACAAGAGCUGCGAAACGAAAGAGGUUUUGGUUUGAAAGCGAGAAUGGGAUCGACAGGAUCAGUGAUCUCCCAGAUGUUGUUCUCCAUCAAAUUCUAUUCCAUCUCCCAAUCAAAACCAUAGCACAAACAAGCGUCUUAUCAAAAAGAUGGAGAUCGUUGUGGAUAUCGUUUCCUGAUCUUGAUUUCACCUCCAUUAAUACAAUUGGAGUUUAUUCGACGAAGGUGAACCCAGCGAGUACGGUGAAACGAUUAUUAACACCACCUCAUUCUUUGUCUAAUAAACGAUUGGACUUCAUUAGCCAGGUAUUAGCUAUCCGCGACAAGCAUUCCGAUCUAAGGAUCCUUCGUUUCCGUGCUCCUUUGAGUUUUUCACGUCUAAAUGGCUUGAUCCGUCUUGCCGUAAGGCAAAAUGUGCAGGAAUUAGACGUAGAAGUCACCACCGACGAUUACUUUAAUUUCCCACGAAGCGUUCUCACCAGUGAAUCCUUGCGGGUCUUCAAGUUGAGAUCUAGUUAUCCCGGUUUCCGGUUACCGCCUCCCUCGGUUAUGAAAGGCGGUUUCCGAUCACUCCACACCUUAUCUUUGUCUCUCGUCAUCUUAUACACCCAGCCCUCGCUUUCGGAUUUGUUCACGGAUGCGUCGUUUCCUCGGCUCAAGAAAUUGAAUCUCGAUACAUGCUUUGGGUUGAAACAUCUUAAGGUCAGUUGCUUGGUCCUCGAAGAUUUGACACUGGAGAAGUGUUUUCAGUUAAUUGGGCUGGAUGUUUCGGGUGCAAGAUUAAAGAGAUUGAGAGUUGCAAGCUGUUUUGAUGCAAAAUGUGGGGAGAGUUGGGUGAAGAUGAAUGCUCCAAGCUUGAGAAGUAUGGUUUGGGAAUAUAAUUCAAUAACGGAGAACAGCUCGCUGGAGAAUCUGAUAUCGGCGCACGAGGCCUCCAUUGGUUUCUUUGUAGUCGGUGAAGAUCUCAGUGUAACAAAGAUUCGGAGUGUGUCUAAUCUUUUAUCAGGUCUCUCCAGACUCCACAGCCUAACGCUUGAGAGCGAGUGCGUUGAGGUGUUGUCAAGCAGGAAUUACAUUGCAAACGUAAUACAUCCAUUCAACCAUCUCAAAUCUCUGGAACUGCAGACUGGCUUCAACAGAGAUAACGUCCCCAGUUUAGCUUAUCUUUUCAAGAGCUCUCCUACGUUACACACUCUAAUUCUCAAGAUCCUCAAUGAUUACAAGAUUGAAAGAAGAAAAUGGAAUAAGGACUUGUGGGACAUGCCUACCUCUGAGGAAGAACAAUUCUGGGAAUCCCAAACCCACGCUUUGAAACCCUUGCUAAACCACCUUAGUGUAGUGAAAAUCCAUGGGUUCUUAGAAUGUGAGAAUGAAGUUAGCCUAGCAAAGUUCUUGUUGAAGCACGGGAAAGCCUUGCAGGAAAUGACCCUUUUCUCGGGACACUGCAACUACAGAGAUUCCCUACGAAGACAAAAGAUUAGGUCACAAAUGAUGGGAUUUUCGCGGGCCUCCUCUAAUGCAAAGAUUCAAUUUCUCUAA